UCAUAAAGUGUUUUGCGGUGUGGCCCAGAUAGACAACACGCACCUGCACCUGCUGCAAGAAGAAAGUCAAAGAUGAUGAAGGGUCGCGGUUUUGUUGUCUUCUUGGCUCUUAACUGCUUUAUCAUAACAUGUGGAGCCUUGAAGUGCCCAAGCUGCACGUUGUUGGACAGCAGGGCUGCGUGUCUACAAGCCGCCCAGGUGACAUGCAACGGAACCGACACCUACUGUCGGACCAUCCAGGCCAAGAAUGAAGUCCUUGGAGGGGAGAAGUGGACCAACGCGUGUGGUACAAAGUCGGCAUGUGACGCAGGUAAGAUAACCAAUAAGAGCGGAGCUUGCAAGCCCAACGAGACCACGUCUGUGUGCAUCUACUGCUGUAACACUGACGGCUGUGUGGGACAACCCGCCACCGGAGCUGCAGUCACCACUCCUGUCAGCAUCGUUACCAUGGCAACCAUCACCAUGGUGAUCCUCCUGAAGAACGCCGCAGGGUUCUAGCGGUAUAAUCUCCAAGCAGAUCCUACGGUAGCAUGAGGUAGUAUCAAAAGCUGGCAGAGGAGUGAAUCCGGCCAAAGAGUGUGUUUGCUACCGGUGCACGCACGUGUCCGACUCCCUUAAGCCUGGGGCACAACCCGCCGUACGUGCAAUUUGUCCGUACGUUUUUUUGUAGAGGCCACGUCCGCCACGUAUUCC